GUGAUGAGCCCGGUGGCGAUGGCGCAGUUCGUGUGCAGCGCCACGGCUGCCUGCAUCACGCUCUUUCAGGCCACGUUCAAUCCGGAAGGAAACUCUAUUUUCAAAUGUUUGAUGUACCUUCCCAUGCCAGCAUUUCAAAUAUACAUUUACUGUUGGGGUGGACAUGAAUUAAUUGAUGAGGGAGCGUCGCUCUCAGUGUCUGCGUACAGCUGUGCGUGGAUCGGGGCGAGCCGGCGCGUGACGACAGCGCUGCACAUUCUCAUGUGCAGGGCGCAGAAGCCGCUCAUACUCACCGCUGGGAAGCUCUACCCGGUCAACCGGGACACAUUCGUUUCUUUAAUAAACGGAUCUUAUUCAUUCUACGCGCUUUUGCGACAGAUGAGAGGCCACUAAGCGGAAUAGCACACGCAACUUACCAUCAGACGACGCAGAUAAACACC